UUCCUCCUCUCCCCCCUCUCCCCCCUCUCUUCUCUUCUCUCCUCUCCUCCUCCUCCUCUCCUCCCUCCCCUGGGUCGGGGCCCGGCCAUGCUGCCCUUCACGGUCAACAUCAAGCUGUCGGCGCGGACCCUGAGCGGGGCGCUGAGCGCCCACAACCGGGCGGCGGUGGACUGGGGCUGGCAAGGCUUAAUUGCUUACGGAUGUCAUUCGCUUGUACUGGUGAUCGAUUCCGGUACCGCCCAGACUCUUCAAGUACUGGAAAAACACAAAGCCAAUGUCGUCAAGGUUAAGUGGGCCAAAGAAAAUUACCAUCAUAAUGUCGGAUCGCCGUAUUCCUUACGCUUAGCAUCUGCCGACGUCAGUGGAAAGAUAAUCGUCUGGGAUGUAGCCACGGGAGUAGCUCGCUGUGAAAUUCAGGAACAUGCCAAACCUAUCCAAGACAUGCAGUGGUUAUGGACUCAAGAUGCUUCUCGGGAUUUACUACUCGCUAUUCAUCCACCGAAUUACAUCGCGCUGUGGAAUGCGGACACCGGCACCAAACUGUGGAAGAAGAGUUAUGCAGAAAACAUCCUUUCUUUCUCCUUCGACCCCUUUGAUCCGUCACAUUUAACCCUGCUCACCAGCGAGGGUAUCGUAUUCAUCUCUGACUUUUCACCCUCAAAAGCCCCUGCCAGCUCUGGGAAGAAAGUCUACAUCUCCAGUCCGCAUUCGAGCCCAGCUCACAGCAAGUUGACCGCAACCACGGGAGCCAAGAAGGCUCUCAAUAAAGUGAAAAUUCUCAUUACUCAAGAGAAGCCUAGUGCCGAAUCUGUGACUCUCAAUGACUGCCUUCAGCUCUCCUACCUGCCGUCCAAAAGAAACCACAUGCUGUUGCUCUAUCCUCGAGAAAUUUUGAUCCUCGAUUUGGAGGUGAACCAGACUGUCGGCGUGAUCGCUAUAGAAAGGACAGGAGUACCUUUUCUCCAGGUAAUCCCCUGCUUUCAACGGGAUGGACUGUUUUGCCUACAUGAAAAUGGCUGUAUAACUUUAAGAGUUCGCAGAUCUUACAGCGGUACAGCGGGUAUUCCAAAUGAGGAGCCUGAUACCGAUCCAGUUCAGGAGCUGACCUACGACCUCCGAAGCCAGUGCGAUGCGAUUAGGGUGACGAAAACCGUUCGGCCGUUCAGCAUGGUCUGCUGCCCCGUUAACGAAAACUCCGCCGCUCUCAUCGUGAGCGAUGGCCGAGUGAUGAUAUGGGAGCUGAAAUCUUCCGUUUCUACCCGGAACUCACGGAACAGUAGCUCAGGCGCAUCACCUUUGUAUUCCCCGGUGUCUUUCUGUGGGAUCCCUGUUGGAGCACUGCAGAAUAAGCUCCCAGACCUUUCCUUAGACAACAUGAUUGGACAAAGCACAAUUGCUGGUGAAGAGCCAUCGAAAGGUUCCCUCUUGCAGGAAGUGCACUUGAAAUUUCUGCUAACAGGACUCCUUUCCGGACUUCCCCUGCCUCCAUUCGCAAUUCGAAUGUGCCCACCUCUUACCACGAAGAACAUAAAGCUAUAUCAGCCUCUCCUUGCCGUCGGCACGAGCAAUGGGUCUGUUUUAGUGUAUCAUCUUACCAGUGGAUUAUUACACAAGGAAUUAAGUAUUCAUUCCUGUGAAGUCAAGGGCAUCGAGUGGACAAGUUUGACAGGUUUUCUCUCUUUUGCUACAUCGACACCCAAUAAUUUGGGGUUAGUGAGAAAUGAACUACAGCUGGUUGACCUUCCGACAGGGAGGAGCACUGCGUUCCGUGGUGAAAGAGGUAACGACGAACCGGCUAUCGAAAUGAUUAAAGUGUCUCAUUUGAAGCAGUACUUGGCUGUCGUAUUCAAAGAUAAACCACUGGAACUGUGGGAUAUCAGGACCUGCACUCUUCUGAGAGAAAUGUCAAAAAAUUUUCCCAGUAUAACUGCUUUGGAAUGGUCACCGUCACACAACCUGAAGAGCCUGAGAAAGAAACAGCUGGCCGCCCGAGAAGCCAUGGCCCGACAAACUGUGGUCUCUGAUACAGAGCUCGGCGUAGAAUCUUCGGUUAUAAGCUUGCUGCAGGAAGCGGAGAGUAAAUCCGAGCUGAGCCAGAACAUCUCCGCUCGAGAACAUUUUGUCUUCACCGAUACCGACGGACAAGUUUAUCAUCUCACAGUGGAAGGGAACUCUGUGAAGGAUAGUGCCCGGAUCCCACCUGACGGGAGCAUGGGAAGUAUCACAUGUAUUGCCUGGAAAGGCGAUACGUUAGUUCUUGGUGAUGUGGAUGGAAAUUUAAACUUUUGGGAUUUGAAAGCCAGAGUAUCCAGAGGGAUCCCCACUCACCGGAGCUGGGUCAGGAAGAUCCGCUUUGCUCCCGGAAAAGGGAAUCAGAAACUGAUAGCCAUGUACAACGACGGAGCAGAAGUUUGGGAUACUAAAGAGGUCCAAAUGGUGAGCAGUUUAAGAAGCGGAAGAAACGUCACCUUCCGAAUACUGGACGUGGAUUGGUGUACCUCUGAUAAAGUGAUCCUGGCGUCAGAUGACGGGUGCAUCCGAGUCUUAGAGAUGUCUAUGAAGUCGGCUUGUUUCAGAAUGGAUGAGCAGGAAUUAACAGAGCCGGUGUGGUGUCCGUAUCUGCUCGUUCCCAAGGCCUCCUUAGCCUUAAAAGCAUUCCUGUUACACCAGCCGUGGAACGGCAGAUAUUCUCUGGACAUCGCGGAUGUUGACUAUCCGGAGAACGAAGAUACAACACACAUGCUUCAAGAGCAGUUGAAUGCGCUGUCUAAUGACAUCAAAAGACUCUUACUCGACCCGGAAUUUACAGUCUUGCAGCGAUGUCUCCUCGUCGCAAGGCUGUUCGGCGAUGAGUCGGAACUGCAUUUCUGGACCGUCGCUGCCCACUAUUUGCAUAGCUUUUCCCAGGAAAGACCGCCGAGCACGAAAGCCACGGAUGAUGUCGUUACUCCUCAGGAGAGAUUGGCCGACCCUCUGGAUAUAUGUUACGACAUUCUCUGUGAAAAUUCCUACUUCCAGAAAUUUCAGCUGGAAAGGGUGAAUUUGCAAGAGGGGAAACGGUCGACCUACGACCAUACGCGGAAAUGUGCCGACCAGCUCCUCCUCUUGGGCCAGACCGACAGAGCCGUGCAGUUGCUGCUGGAGACAAGUCCGGAGAAUCAGCAUUAUUACUGCGACUCCCUGAAGGCCUGCUUAGUGACGACAGUCACCUCCUCCGGCCCUUCCCAGAGCACCAUCAAGCUGGUGGCCACCAAUAUGAUAGCCAAUGGCAAAUUGGCAGAGGGAGUCCAGUUGCUCUGCCUGAUAGAUAAAGCUGCCGAUGCCUGUCGGUAUUUGCAGACGUACGGUGAAUGGAAUCGUGCGGCGUGGCUUGCCAAGGUACGUUUAAAUUCAGAGGAAUGUGCGGACGUUUUGAAACGGUGGGUCGAUCACCUUUGCUCUCCGCAAGUCAACCAGAAGUCAAAGGCCAUCCUUGUCCUUCUGUCUCUGGGCUGUUUCCUGAGAGUGGCAGAGAUGCUCCACAGCAUGAGGUAUUUCGAUAGAGCCGCUUUAUUUGUCGAAGCCUGUCUGAAGUAUGGAACGAUCGAGGAGAACGAAGAUACGAAUAAACUGAUCCAUGUUAUCUAUGCAGAUUAUGCCCGGAGCCUGAAGGUGUUGGGUUUUAAGCGGGGGACGGUUCUUUUUGCCCAGAAAGCAGGAGCAGCUGGUAAAGAGUUACUGACCGAGCCGGAACGAACCAAGGAGGAAGCAACGGUGGAAUGACAAGGUGUUAAUGCGGACCGUAAAAAUCCCACAUUCCCAUCAGUGAGGGGUCAAGGGAUAGAUUGAUCUGGCUGUCAGCGUGUCGUAUCUCACAGAUUAUUGAGAUUCCAUUGUAGCAAAACGUUUUCUGUUUCCUUGCCGUUUCCAGUGAGCACGCGGUACGUUUUCCCUUCUUUAUAGGUAUACGCGGAGAACGUGAACAUUUAAUACUUUUCAGAAACACGUGCUUUACUGGGUACUUCUCUUGAUAUAGACCCUCAAGUUUUUUUGUUUUUUUGGUGGUGGGGAAGGGGGCAGAAUUUAUAUCUCGCUUCGGAAUACAGAAAAAAAACUCACUGUUUCCAGUGCUUUUUUUUUUUUUAAUUUAAAAGACAAAACAUAGUUUCUGGCACCUGAGAGAUUAAAGGGAGUGUGAGAUUUUUGAAAGGCAAAGCAGCAUAUGGAAUGGGGAUUUCACCUUGGUGCUCUGGAUGUUUUGUAGUCGUAUAUAAUGCUGUCAGUAGGCUACCCGGAGAAAAUUGCCGGGGAAUAAAUGCGGUCCACUGAGACAUUCUUUACUGCUUUGGUCCUGCAAACUCAUCAGCCUUGUGAUUUUUUUUCAUCCUCACCUUGUAAUUCCCUUGAUUAGAAUCAGAUUUUCCGAGGCUCUGAUUGGUUAAGAGCUCAGCUUCGUGUCGGAAGUUAAAAUCCAGUUCAUCACUUUGAACACCCGAAGCACUUUUGAAGUUGUCUUUCUCCUUUUCCUAUUUAUGAAAUGUUUUCUUUGGGCAUUAAAAUAAUUUCAUUUUAAAAACCAUCCCUUUAAAAAUCAUUCCUUUGUCGUCUUUAAAUAUCUGUUUUCCCUUUUGCGCCGAAUGCUUUAUUUAAUAGUGUAAUCACCUGAAUUAGACCGAAUUAGACUCACGCCUUUGACAUCAAGUAAGAGGUUUAUUUUAAAAGAAAAAUAUCUCCUGUGCAUUAAGAUGUUAAUGGAACGCCCAUCAAAACAGCUUGCAAAAUUUCUUUUGACAUUCUUCGUUCGCUUUUGAUUAUUUUAACUCAAUUCCUAUUGACGCUGGUAUCGCUACUUAGAAGAAGAUGAUUGUGGAGAAAUGUAAUAUUCAUAGAGUCAUAUUCCAUUUGCUUUAAAUCAACAUCGCUCUUCCGCAACAAAGAAAUGGAAUUUGCAGUACCUAAAUGUGUUUAGAAUUACUGGUAACUUUGUUUCAAGUCGAACGGAUGAUGUUCCUACACGGCUUUACCGAAUCACUCUCCUAAAUGUAUUUGAGGUUGUAAAUUCGUGAUGUUCUUUUCCAAUUAAAAAUGUGACCGAUAUGCAGAAAACCGUAA